GCAAGCGUGUUUGAAUGACGCACAGGCCUGCAUCGAUAGUGCCCUACCUGCCCUGAAUCAACUUCUACCGGCUGCUCAAAACAUCACAUCUGGUGUUCCUAUUGAGAGAACUCGCAAUGACUCGGCCUUGGGAGAUAUUCGAAGCCUUAGUGGCAAAACGCGAAGGGCGCCAGGCGAUCGAAGCGGCGAAUGUCCUCACGUCGAUUGCUCAGACAAACUAAGAACGACUUUCACACAGCCAAAGAAUCUCGCACGACAUUACACGCGUCGUAUGAUCUUUGUCCCAUCGGCCUAGCCUGUGAUAUUAACAGUCCGGCGACAGAUCUUCCAUGCAAUGAGCAGUGUAUCUACUGUUCUGAACGCGCGACGGACGGGAAUGACUACAUAUUGCACCUUCAAAGGUGUAAAACUGGGUCGGCGAAAGCCUCCCAGGAGGAUGUUAUCAGGGCAGUCAAACUUCGACAACAACUACUAGACAAGGCUUGGGACGAUCUAGGCAAGCAUUCUGGAAAAGUAGGGCGCCGGCCCAAAAAAAAGACAAAACGACGUCUAGCACCGACACCGUCUCCUCCUGCUUCACAAGACAGUUAUUCAUCGCCUACUCCCGCUCCGGAGCCGUCUCACUGUCAAGCAAGUGCUGACUAUCCCGACAGGCGGUGUUCGACCGUUCCAGGUAACGAACCGGGAUUGAACGACAAUCAGCGUGGAGAUCCUCAAGAUUGUGUUGUCGCUCCGGUGCGCUCGUCUCAUUAUUUGGCGGACUCCUCCUUUCAAACGCCAACCGAACCAGUCGAUGCACAGCUUCCGAUAGGUGGAUCUCUCGAGCAUCUCCUUCGACCUAACUUUGCCUCCUAUACCAUGGGAUACGGUUGACAAUGCGACGCCAAGUGUCUUCAAUUCAUAUCCUACAACAAAUAGUGCUCGGCUCGGCUCUUUCCAUGCCGCUUCCUACUCCAAAUACCCUCAGAUUCCGUAACCAAACGCGGUGAGAGCGACUUCAAGUCGAUACUAAGCAGAUUCAUGGGUUAAAGCUAGUUCCUCAUGAGGCAGAAACGUACUUCGU